UGCAGUAAAAUACGUAUAUUAAGUUUGUUGCGUAUUGUCUGCAAUUGCUGUGCGUUUAAUGAACAUGUUUUAAAACUGUUUAAAUAAGAAAGAAACUCAAAUAAUAUUACUUGUGAUAUUAUAGACAACAUGAUGUCAGUUUGUACCUAUUCAUUACUCAGACGAAUAUGCCUUACUAGUGGACGACGAACAUAUACUACAGCAACUGCAACAAAACUUCAGAAUACUGAAAUUGAGCCCUUCCGUACCUUUGAAACGUAUCCUCCAAAUCAUACUGAAAGUCACUUGGGUCGAAUAUAUACAGUACCAUUUGAGGAUCACCAAGUAUUACAAAACAAUAUACCAAAUGAAUGGAAGCAACAAAUAAAGAUUUUUGCAGAAUUUGGUAUUUUAAUUAGGAAACCUGCAGUUGAAAUAAUAUCAUAUCUUGAACAGACAGAUUACACAAGACCUAUAAAUAAAUAUGUUAUAUAUGGUAGAGACGGUGUAGGAAAAACAUCAACCAUAUUGCAUUUAAUUCACUAUGGUCUUGCAAAAAAGUUCAUUGUUCUUCAUGUACCAUCAGUUAAUACUUGGUUUAGAUUUCCAAAAGAAAUUGCAAAUUCCCCAUUGGAACCAGAUAAAAUAGACUUAACUAUUCAUGCAGGAACAUGGUUAAAAUAUUUCAAAAAUUUAAAUGCGCCAGUAUUUAAAGAACUUCAUUUGGAAGUUUCUAAGGAUUAUACAUGGAGUGCACGAGAAAGUACAAAGUGUGGAGAAUCACUUUCUAAUCUUAUUGAUUUUGGGAUACAUCGACUUAAAUUUGCCUGCGGAGUUAUUGAUGCUUUGGUGAAUGAACUUAAGGGAGCUAGUAUAGCUGGCAAAUGCAAAGUGUUGACUGUUAUGACUGGUUUUAAUGCAUUGACUGCUGAUUAUACAUCAAUUCGUGAUGAAAACAAGGUGCAUGUACCACCCAAAACGAUAUCACUAACAAAAUCACUUUUGAGUGCUGUAAAUCAGGAUUGGUGUAAUGGUGCGGCUAUACUAUCAGUGGAUACAAGAGCAGUUAAGUAUAAUAGAGAAUCUAUAUAUCCAAAGUAUUUACUUGGCAAAGAAGGAUUUGAACUUUUAGAUCCUUUCCUUCCAAUUAGUAUUGAAAAUUACACUCAGGAUGAAUUUAAUACCAUUAUAGAAUAUUAUAAAGAUAGAAAAUGGAUUAGAGAGAUCACUCCAGAAGGGGUCAAGGAAUUAGAAUUACUGUCAAAUAGGAAUCCAUAUGACCUUUGGCAUUAUUGUAAACCUUUAUAA